AUGAACAACCCAGAGUGGGAAGAUGAAUUACAACUCUUGACUUACCAGACCUUGACCGCACCCGAAUCGCUCAUCAACUGCUUCCGUUCGGCACGUCGCUUGACACCGAUCCUUUGGGCUCAUCCUAUAAAGACGUACUUUGGGGUGUGUUUGCUCGCGUUCUGCUUUGCGGUCUUCGUUCGUUGGUUGGGGGGAGGUUGGAACGGCUCGAAUCACCUAGGGCAUGGGGUGGUUUCUGCCAGUACGCCGCGGUGGCAGAGGUGGGUGUAA